GUAUAUAAAUUUAAACGAGCAUGGUUCAAAGCAGUUCUGAGUAGUUCUAAAUGUAAUAAAUAUUGUAAGUGCAUUUGCAGGUGUAAAUUAUUAUACGAAAUUGUAUAAUAAAAUUAUAACUAACUGAAUAAUGGUGGUAAAGUGUGGCAAAUAAAAAUUCACAAGGAUUUGUGCAGUUUAAAAUAGUGGAUUAAAGGGGGCUUUUAUUGUUUAUUUCAACUGUCUCCUCCAAACAGACAUAUUUUAUAUAAUAAAAAACGUUCAUACAUAUACAGAUGAAUUAUUUAAAGUAGAAAUUGUAAAAUGCUAAAAAAUAAAGUAUGUCGUUAUCUCCAUGGAAAACCAAAAAAACAUUUAUUUGUAUAACUACUUUAGUGAUAGUAUGUAUGUUGUAUAUUAAGUAUUGUGAUAAUACUGAUAACACAGCUAAUGAAUCGUUACAUCUAAAGGACAUAAAGGGAAGAAAUGAUAUAAUAAAGCAUGAUUUGGAAGAAACUGCAUUCAAAAUAAAUAAUCUCAAAGAAAAAAUUAAAAUUCUUGAGUCUCGGAUGCCAAAACAUUACCCAGAAGUUAGAUUUUUGAACUAUGUUCAUAAGAAACGAAUACUUAUAACAGGAGGAGCAGGAUUUGUUGGAUCCCACCUAGUGGACAGAUUAAUGUUACAAGGUCAUGAAGUAAUUGUGGUUGAUAACUUCUUUACUGGUCGCAAAUUAAAUGUUGAGCAAUGGAUAGGUCACAUGAAUUUUGAACUCAUCCAUCAUGAUAUUAUAAAUCCUUUAUACAUAGAAGUGGAUGAAAUUUAUCAUUUGGCUAGUCCUGCCAGUCCUCCCCAUUAUAUGAAGAACCCUGUAAAAACAAUAAAAACCAAUACUCUUGGUACAAUAAAUAUUCUUGGUUUAGCAAGAAGACUUGGUGCUAGAGUACUAAUUGCCAGUACAUCAGAAGUUUAUGGAGAUCCUGAUAUUCAUCCUCAACCAGAAACAUAUUGGGGACAUGUCAAUCCUAUUGGACCAAGAGCAUGUUAUGAUGAAGGAAAACGUAUUUCUGAAACAUUGGCUUAUGCUUAUGCCAAGCAAGAAAAUAUGUCCAUAAGAGUAGCUAGAAUAUUUAACACUUACGGCCCCAGAAUGCAUAUGAAUGAUGGAAGAGUUGUAUCAAAUUUUAUAUUACAGGCACUUCAAAAUGACGUUAUAACAGUUUAUGGCUCAGGUGAACAAACUCGGUCGUUUCAAUUUAUUUCAGACUUAGUAGAUGGGUUAAUCCUGUUGAUGAAUUCUAAUUAUACCCUUCCAGUAAACCUCGGAAAUCCUAUUGAACACACAAUUAAUGAGUUUGCUACAAUAAUAAAGGAAUUAGUAGGAGGGAGAAGUACUAUUCAACAUGUGACAGAAGUAGAAGACGAUCCUCAACGAAGACGGCCUGAUAUAACUCGUGCCAAGACUGUUUUAAAUUGGGAACCAAAGGUUCCACUGAACGAAGGUCUCCAAAAGACUGUAGAUUAUUUUAAGAAAGAACUUAAACAAUUCAAUUAUUCGCAAAGGAGCAAAAUUAGUGUAGAGAAUCCUUAAGUAGUAUUAAAUUUAUUAUUUCCAGCUUAUAAAAAAUAGUAAAUUAAUAUAUAUUUUUCAAAGUAUACGUAAGUUGCUCAGUUAUUUCAAUAGAUUUUUGUUAAGUUAGAGAAAUGUAAAGUUUUGCAGUUACGAAUAUUUACAUUUAUUUAAGAUGUGAUAAAAUAGUGUUCCUUUUUAUUAUUUUUCAUAUUUGUUUGUGUACAAGAUGCCAUAUCAUUGGUUUUCUUCUUACAUUGAUAUUUCUUUGAUAUUUAUAUUAUAUGAUGUAUAUAGUGUAAAUGUACAGUAUCUAAUUUAA